AUGGCAGACGCAGAGCUAGAAGAGAUCCGACGAGCUCGUCUCGCGCAACUCCAGCAACAAGGACCCCGCGGAGGUGGUCCAGGCGGUCAGGAUGGUGGCGAGCAGGCACAGCAGAGGAGACAAGCAGAGGCCGAACAACGUGCUUCGAUCCUGCAACAAAUCCUCGACCCCGAAGCCGCCGAUCGCCUGGGCCGUAUCCGCCUCGUUAAGGAAUCGCGCGCAACAGAUAUCGAGAACCGCCUCAUCAUGCUCGCCCAGUCUGGACAGUUACGGGCAAAGGUAACCGAGGCACAGCUCAAGGAGUUGUUGGGGGCUGUUGCAGAGAACCAGCGCAAAGAGGAGGAGGAGCACAAAAUCGUUAUCUCUCGCCGCAAAGGUGGAUGGGAUGACGAUGAUGAUCUCUUGGACCUCUAA